AGCUUUGCUGCAGACAUCAUUCUAUCGUGGAGGGGAGACAGAGCAGUGUCACUGCAACAGGAAAGUGCAUUACACCAUAAGGAAUGGUGGCAGAACCCCAAGAAUUACAAUCCUUGGAGACUACGCAGAGGACAUUCAGGAGGUCCCUUCUCGUUCCAGUCAAAGAGUUUCGGCCGAGCUUCUCAUCCUGAAACCAAAAGAAAACUGAUAUUGCUGGUUUGUUUUUAAGGUUCCCAAGGAAGAAAGAUUGUGUUCCCCAAUUCACCUGUGCAAUGUCCUGAAUGAGUAAUACAUUUUGGAAAUAAGAAGCUCUUUACUGAAGAUUUGCAAUCUGAUGGGCAUGCUCCACAGGUCCUGCUCUGCAGGUCAAGAUUGAAGAGACGGGCGGACGAACUGCAUUGAAUGUGAUUGCCAGAUCAGUUGAGGAGGCUUAGCUCAGUGGGAAAUGAUUCCUCAUGAAGUCCCUGGAUCACUUUCUGACAGCAGGUGUGACUUCCCAUGCGUUAGACUAAGAUCUGUGACGUCAGACACUAAAACCAUCCAGUGAGUGGGUGGGAGUAACAGAUCACGGAGCGAGCAAACGACGAACCAUGAAAUCUAACCAGGAACGGAGCAAUGAAUGCCUGCCCCCGAAAAAGCGUGAUUUCCCUGCCAGCAACCUGCCAUCUGAUGAGAAGCCGUUGGUGGCCCCAGCCAGCGAGAGCCAGCGUGGGGAGAACCUGGCCUGGCUUGCCAACGUGGCUAGCAGGCAGAACAACAUGGGUAGUGGCCGGCACAGCAACACAGGGAUCCCAGCCGAGGCACCAGACGUAGCCCUGUACAAACCGCUCCCUAACACGGUGGACUAUUCCUCUUCAGCCAGAGUUCCUAGGACAGAGACUACCAUGGCAACGCUUCCUGCUGUGUAUUCUUCGACUAUCUCCCAGCCGGGGAUGCCAGUCUCUUCAUUGCAGAAUUCCCAGCUCCCACACGCUUUCCAAUUCAUUAGCUCGCCCUACCCAGGGCCUUACACCAGCUACAUCCCCUCACAGCUGAUCUCUCCGACCGCAACUUCAGCCGCUGCACCCUGUUCUCAACGCUCCCAACUUGAGGCCUAUACCACUGCUGUUAUGUCACAAGCACAGGCCUCCAAAGCCGAGCACCACCAACACCAACAGCACCACAUGGUCCGGACGCCUGGGCUAAUUGCACCAGAGACACCGCCACCUUUUGCACAGCCACCCAACCAGUAUGUCCAGAUUGCAGGCUCACCUUCGGGCAUCGGCAGAGCUGUCUCCUCCCCUCCCUCCCACAUCCCGCUUCACCUCCACUCCCACCCAGCUGUCAUCCCUCAUGCCCUCGCCCUUAGCGGGAAUUCACAACUGGUGGUCCAUUACACAGAUGGAAACCUUUCUGCAUGUCCUCCUGCUAAGAAGCUCCAGGAAGACGGGCGGACACGAGAAGUUCUAAACGGCGAGUUGGACAAGGGCAGACGCUACAGCCUGUCCCACGAGGCCAGCCUGGGCAAGCCUAACAGCGGGGGCAAGGGAAGCCCCCACCAUCACCAUCACCACCAGCACCAGCAGCAUCAGCAACAACAACAACACCACCAUUACGAGACCCGUCAUGUGGUACUCCCUGGUGAAUACAACACACAGGAAACCUCAGGCAUACGGACUUCGCUGAUGCUGGUGCCAAACAGCCAUGCCUCCAGCAGCACAGACUUAGAGGCAAUCAGGGAGCAGUCGCCUUCCUCGAUCGCCCACAUUGAGAAGACUGGGCUCUGUCUGGGGAAGCCCAAUUCCAGAUCCUCCUCAUACACUCUCUCCUCACCUCAGCUUGGCACAGAUGGCGUAAAGGCAACAGCUGCCACUCUUUCUCCUCACACCGUUAUCCAGACCACCCACAACGCCACAGAGCAGAUCUCAAUGGGACUAUCUGCCGCGUCCUACUAUCCCAAUGCUGCCCAACAGCCUAUCAUUGGCUACAUUGCCGGCAGUAGCCAGCAACAGCACCAGCAGGCCAUCAGUUACCACACCAACCUGCCGCAGCACUUGGUCAUCCCAGGUAGCCAGUCUCUACUGAUCCCAGUGGGUGGUGGCAGUGGGGAUGUCGAAGCCGGGCCAACUAUCGUGACCUCAUCCCUGCAGUUCGCAGCAGUGCCUCACACCUUUGUCACCACCACAGUCCCAUUCGGGGCUGCAGAGACACUAGUCAGCCAGCCCUCAACCACCUACCACGCAGCCAUGGUACAGGCACAGAUCCACCUGCCCAUGGUUCAGCCCAUGGCCACUGCCACACCUCCAAGCGUGCUGACACCUCCUGCCACAUCCUCCUCUCUGCCCCCUUACUUCAUGAAGGGCUCCAUCAUCCAGCUGGCCAACGGGGAGCUGAAGAAGGUGGAGGACCUUAAAACAGAGGAUUUCAUCCAGAGUGCUGAGGUCAGCAGCGACCUAAAGAUAGACUCCAGUACAGUGGAGCGGAUCGAGGGCAGCCAGAACCCCAGCUUUGCCAUCAUCCAGUUUGCAGUGGGAGAGCACAGAGCUCAGGUCAGUGUUGAGGUUUUGGUGGAGUACCCCUUUUUUGUUUUUGGGCAAGGCUGGUCUUCAUGCUGCCCAGAGCAAACUACCCAACUGUUCAACCUGCCCUGCAUCAAGCUGUCAGUGGGAGAUGUCUGCAUCUCCCUCACCCUCAAGAACCUGAAAAAUGGCUCUCUGAAGAAGGGCCAGCUUGUGGAUCCGACUGGCAGCCUCUUCCUGAAACCACCAAAGAAUGACAGCCUGCAUGGGAGCAGAGUCAGGUACGUGGAGCACGAGAACGGAGUCGGGCAGAGAGGAGGUGGUGGUACUGCCGGCACAAUCGGCACACAGACCACCUCUGAAAAUGGAGAACUGAAGUUUCUUGAAAAGACAGGGCAGAUGGCUGGUUGCAGACCACUGGUCAUCAAAACAGAAGCUGGCAACAAGCCCACAACCAGGAAGAGGAGGUGGUCAGCGCCAGAGAGCCGCAAAGUGGAGAAAUGGGAAGAGGAGCCUCCUUUGACUCUUCCCAGGCCCUCUUUUAUUCCUCAGGAGGUUAAGAUUUCCAUCGAAGGUCUAUCUAAUUUAGGCAAGUGAAGGCUCACAGGGACAUUUUUUGACGACAGUGACAGUGGAAAUUAUCCCUCAUUCAUGUUUUUUUUCUAUCCAGAUUACUGUACUGUAGGCUCAAUAACCCAGUAUUUACAUGUUAUCAUCUUAAUGUUAGGUUUAUGUUAUAACCUUGUAAUAGUUGCAUCUGGUAUUUUGCAGACAAUUAGUGCAUAUUUUCAUUCCGCAAAUCUCGGGCAGUUAUUAAUCAAUUUUUUAUAUAUAAAAAAGGACGUUGGCACACUGCUUGGCUCCACAGGGAAUGUGAUUGGUAGGUCUGCAGCUCAUUUAAAGCAAUAUUACUCACCCUCCUUUUUCCCUGUGCCUCAGUGUUGGUGAAAAUAGAUAAGCAGGGCUAGCAGCUGGCUGAAAUUUUGCUAAGUUACCCCUUUAUAGUUUGUUAAACAUAACUUGAACUAGGAGAUAUGCAGGGUCUGUCAAUCAAACUUACAUACUAACAUACAGUGGGUAAGGCUCAACUGUCAGUUUUGUUAAAUCUAAUAUUACACACUUGCUUAACAAGUUAUUUGGUCAUCCUUUAUUUUAAGGGCCGUUUAUUAACUGUUAACAAACAUUGUUAAUUUUUAGCUUAGUGUUAGGGUUAUAGUUAGGG